AUGUUGUUGUUCCGGUUACAAGCACAGUUGACUGACGUCGGUGCCACCGUAGAGCAGCUCAAGUCGGAGAACGAGAAGCUCAAAGCAAAGCUCGAGCACACGAGCAUGAGCUUGCACGAAGCCGACACCGACGCCAGUCACCUCCGAGAUGAAAAUAGGGCAUUGAAGAUCGAGCUUCGCCAGGCCAACAACAAGCUCUCCGAUAAAGAGAGGGACGAGCACAAAGCCAUCAUCGAAUCUGCUCCUAAGCGACGUAGAGUUACUGCAUACGGUGACGACGAAGCUCGUCAAACACCUGCAACCGCAUACCAGGUAGUCUCUAGGCAGGCCUCAAAGUCCCCCGCCGCGUCCGCGGGUGCUGAUGUCGCCGCCCCGCCUCAGCUGUCCGCUCGAGACUUGACUCCUCUUGUCGUACAAAGCCAUCAUCAACGUCAACCCCAAGUCAACGAAGCACGUCGCUCACCAAUACACAUCGGAAGCUCCUCGCCCCCGAGUACGCCUUCAGAAGACCGUGGCAUCUCGACUCCCGCUCCAUCCUCGGCGUCAUUUGAGAAGUCGGCACGCCGCAAACCAGGGCGCCCUCGCAAGGUUCCAGGCGACGACGACAAAGUUGAUCUUAUCCUCUUCGUCGGCCAAGCUGGACACACAUACUUACCCUUGAGCUACCUCGAACAAAGCCAACAAAUCCUCAUCACAAACACGUUGCAACAGUACCGCGACACGAGCGGCUGGUGGGUAUACAUGAGAACCAGUCAGAGGAAAAUCUCAAUGGAGAUGGACAAGUGCCUCAAUAAAUGGACAAUGAACAACCGAUCGACACGUACAGACAUGGUUCUUUAUGCAGACUCCGCGUGCAAGUACUGUCGUGCGACAGGACGCACGUGCGCUCGAAUGGUGCUACAUGAUGGCCAGUACAAGCUCGCUGUCUUCCCGCACCCCUCACAAGAUACUAGCAUAGACGAAGCAAGCUUUUGGCUUGCCUGA